CCAGCCAAUGGCAGGCCAGCUCGUGCUGUAUAUAAAACUGGUGAGGCUGUGGGGGUGAGACUCUACUUCAUAUAGGUCGCGCUCUGACAGCUUUGGGGUGUAAGAACAAGAACAGGGGCGGUUUCUGUGGUGCCCGCACCUUGCAGUCAGGCGUCAGUCAUGCCCUUCUCAAACAGCCACAACCUCCUGAAGAAGAAGUACUGUGCUGCGGACGAGUUCCCAGACCUGAGUGUUCACAACAAUUACAUGGCCAAGGUGCUGACCCUGGACCUGUACAAGAAGUUGAGGGACAAACAGACCCCCAGUGGAUUUACCCUGGAUGAUGUCAUCCAAACUGGGGUUGACAACCCAGGCCAUCCCUUCAUUAUGACAGUAGGAUGCGUAGCUGGUGACGAAGAAUCCUAUGAAGUGUUUAAGGCACUCUUUGACCCAAUUAUCCAGGACCGGCAUGGAGGCUACAAACCAACUGACCAGCACAAGACUGACUUGAAUCCUGAUCACCUACAGGGUGGUGAUGACCUGGACCCAAACUACGUGCUAAGCUCCCGUGUCAGAACUGGUAGGAGCAUCCGUGGAUUCUGCCUUCCCCCUCAUUGUAGCAGAGGAGAGAGACGGGCUAUUGAGAAGCUUUCUGUUGAAGCCCUGGCUAGCCUGGAAGGUGAUCUUAAUGGAAAGUACUAUGCUUUGAAAAACAUGACUGAUGCAGAGCAGCAGCAGCUGAUCGAUGAUCACUUCCUAUUUGAUAAACCAGUUUCUCCUCUCCUGUUGGCUUCUGGAAUGGCACGAGACUGGCCUGAUGGCAGAGGUAUUUGGCACAAUGACAACAAGACCUUCCUUGUCUGGAUCAAUGAGGAAGAUCACCUUAGAGUUAUCUCCAUGCAGAAAGGUGGCAACAUGAGGGAAGUGUUCACCCGCUUCUGUACUGGGCUAACACAGAUUGAAACUCUCUUUAAGACCAAAAACUAUGAGUUCAUGUGGAAUCCACACCUUGGCUACAUCCUGACCUGCCCAUCCAACCUUGGGACAGGUCUCCGUGGUGGUGUACACAUCAAACUACCUAACCUUGGCAAGCAUGAGAAGUUUGGAGAAAUUCUCAAGAGGCUGAGGCUGCAGAAGCGAGGCACAGGGGGUGUGGAUACUGCUGCUGUUGGAGGAGUGUUUGAUGUCUCCAAUGCUGACCGGCUAGGCUUCUCUGAGGUAGAGCUGGUGCAGAUGGUGGUUGAUGGUGUGAAGCUACUGAUUGAAAUGGAAAAACGCCUUGAAAAAGGCCAAUCCAUCGAUGACCUCAUACCAGCUCAGAAAUGAAAGCACUUUAAUUCCAUGCUUCCUAACUUAUUGGAUGAAUAAUAAACAUCACUCCAAUCAAAGCCCUGGGGUAAAAAACCCACUAGUAACACUGUAGAAAAGUCUUCCAUCCAUCUGUGUUAGAGUUUAUUUUUUUGAUGGCUGAGAUGUUGCUGAAAAAACUGAAAUAAACUAUUGUUUUGGCCUGACAAA